CCCACGCAGGGACCGCGACUCGGAAACGCCGUCCCAUUAUCACCGCCCACCAAACGAACUGCACCCCAGACUCGACCGAACCGAGAAAGUCGCAAGCAGGUAAACAUAGUCGACGUUUUACCGUGCUGAAAUUUUUUUACAUUUUUUUUUUUUUUUUUGCUGCGCCCAAAACUCGUUUUGAGUUCCUUCACCAUACCGCAAUGGCGCAUGCAGCCUACGCCUCGGUGCGCAGGUCCUCGACGUCGACCAUGGGCUCAGACUACAGCGACGCAGACGCAGCAGCAGGCGGCAUGGGAACGGAAACGACAACCAAAACGAGAAUGAAAACAAGAGCAGAAGCAGACCACGAUUACACAAAAGACCUCACAUCCUCGUCGUCGCAGCCGUCCGUAUCCGCCACAGCAACGCCCAGUCCCGCCAACUUUUUGUCUCUUGCCGACAAGAGCUUCACGCCUCUGUCUAUGGACAGCGAACUGUUCCCCGAUCGCGAAUUCGAUUUGAGCUUUGGUGGCAGUAGCGCGGGAGAGCGCAAGACGACGAGUAGCCCGAAAUUCCGCGACCAGCCGAGAUCGAGAUCGACAUCACCACCUUCAGCAACAAUGGCAGCGCAUACCCAGCAGACUAGAACGAGGUCGAGGUCGAGAGAAGCAUAUUCAGGAGUAAGCUUACACGGAGAAACAUCAUCGCACGCGGCGACGGGGACGACUUUGGCAACGGCAGGAAUGGUGGCAGCGGCAGACGCAGACCAAGAGAGAAAUGUCUCGGGUGCACGCGACACGACGGAAAUAGAGUCUCGGCCACGGCGGUCAGGGUCGCACUCGAGGAAAAGUCAAAAGGAAGACGGUGACGGUCACAGCACGGUGGCCGAAGUGAGGAAUGCUGUGGAUCAAGACGAAGAAGAGUGCGAAAAGUACGAAGAUGACGAGGUGCCGCCAUUCGCAAUUUCGUCUAGGAGCCCGCGCCAGCGCCGUGCCGGGUCGACGCCGCUGUCGCUAGAUCCGAUGCAGGUGAACAGGGGAAGGGGACGGGGCAGGGCGUACGAAGACGAAGAGAUGGAAAUGGAGCUGGAGGACAGGUGCAGUACCGCUGCCGCUGCGUCUACCACUACAGCGACAACCACUGCAGGGACCACCUUCGACGACCCAAAGAGGAAAUGCGACAAGGAUACGGGCACCGAUAAGAAUAACUUACCUAAGGUAGGGGACGAUAAGAAUACGGGAUCCGAUAAGGACACGGCUGCCGGUAGCGUCAGGGAUGGCGCCAGCACGUCCCUCCGGCUACAGGGCCCCCAGUCAGUGCCAGAGUCAGCGCCAGCGCCAGCGCCAGCGCCAGCGGCAGCCAUCCAGGAGAAGCAGCCGAUGCCCACGGGCAGAGUCGUGGCCUCUGCCCCCUUGGCCCUUCGUACGAAAAAUAUCGAUACUUUCCCGGCCAGUACCACCACCGCAGACAACCUGAACACGAGCGGCCACAAUACGAGAUCCUUUGCUGCUGCAACUGGCACCAUCACGAGCCCGGCAACCUCGACUUCUACCACCUCCAACUCCUUCGCCGCCUGUUCUCCCUCCUCGACUGUCCUCUCAGCCCCUGCUGCUCUCGCCCGUCACAUCUCUACGUCGUCCCUUCGAUCCAACAGCAGCCUCAUCUCCCAGAUCCAGGAUAGUUUGCAGCAACAGCAACAGCACCACGCCUCCUCGGCAUCUACACUCGUUCGACCCGUCGCCCAACCAAUCGUCCGAACCACGUCCGACUCGGGCACCUUGAACCUUAAACACCCUAUCCCCGACCUCAACUGCCGCUCCGGCGCCUACACCACAAACGUCGCUGCUCUCGAGAAGUCAGCCGAGCGCCUGUCCAUGACCAGCUCCAUCGAGGACGCCAUCCGCGACUUGCAUGGAGAGUUGAAGCGUUCCGACUCCCGCCGUUCUUCAAUCCUUGCCGCCAACCUCGCCGCCUCCAACUCCCCCGUCGACGAAUCCUCGGCCCAUUCCGGCCCCCUUCGCGUCAUCCCUCCCGUCGCCUCCAUCGUCGAGCUUAACAACAACGCCCGCCUCGGCGGCUACUCUCCCAGCGGCUACGUCAUGUCUCCCAAUCACUCUUUGACCGGCCGCCUGCGCUCCGGCUCCAACAACUCUCGAGGUCGCCCCGAAAUCGAUGUCGAUGCCAUCAUGUCACGACACGGUUCCGGCAAGGGGUCUACCAGGAGCGCCCGCUCCGGAAAGCCUUCCCUUGCUGAGAUUGCCGAGUCGGAGCCCGUUGCCCUGACUGGACGUGUCCUCGAUGAAGCCGAUCACGCGCCUAUCCCUGUGACAGCCGACGACGACGCGACUAUCCGCCGUCUCAAUACCAACGAAGAGAACCGCGGCAGUGUCUUCAACCUGCUUGGCGAGAUGGACCAGCAUUCUGGAGGCCUUGGCCUGGACUUUGGCGGAGACAGCGGCAGGCGAGACUCUGACGACAGGCCGCCCACGCCGAGAUCGAGAUCGAGAUCGAGAUCGACCUCGACGUUUGACCACACCAAUGCCUUUGGGGACUUUGACGGCGUGCACUGCCAGCCGGAAGACCUCGAGCAGAGCGAAUACGGUGACGCGCCCAUGUCCAUCCCGCACACCAUGCCGAUGCCAGAUAGUCCAGAGCCUCAAUACGAAGCACCGCCGCCUCGUAUGCCACGAAACAACAGGAACACCAUCCGGCCACAAUCCUACUUUGACGAGCUCACCGGUCAAGAGAUGCUCUACUACCCUGCUCGCGUGCCUGCCAUGCUCAACUUGCCGCCCAAGCUCUCCAGGAAGCCCAAGACUGAGGUCCGGAAUGCGAGGCACUCCAAGGUGCUUCAAGCCAUGGGCCAUCCCGGUUUCGGCCAGGCCAAGUACCUGCCCCAGGAUCCCGAAGCGUCUCAGGUCCGCGAAUCCAAGAUGUGGCUGCCCGAUCCGCUUGCCGGUCACGGCAUGACCUCCCUUGGAGACGACAUGGAGGGACAGCGCUCGGGUGACGCCUCACUCAAAGAACCUGCCGUCAUCGAUUCCCAUGUGCCAUCCGAACAGGGUGACGCCUUAUUGUCGGGUGAUGGUACUGCUGCUGUUGGUGGCGGUGAUGAACCCGAACACAUGCCAGAGGAUCCCCCGCCAACGCAACGCCGCAAGUCCAAAAUGCCAAGGGCUUCCAACCUGCCACCACAACUGCGCGCGAGCGCCUUUUUCGACUUGCCGUCGACAACACCGCAGAUUGAGGUCAAGGGAGGCUCCGCCAUGGCGACGCUCGACAGCAUUCUUGAUGCGUCUGCCAAUGCCCCGGUCAGUGCCUUUACCGACCACGCCUUUGCAGGAAAACUGGGCGAUGAAACGUACGGCCCCGACAAGAAGAAGACGAAGAAGAAGAAGAACCGCAAGUCUACCGCUACAGUCUUGCUCCCCGAAGAGCAUGUUCGGGCCGCGUCGCAGAAGAGGAAGGGCGGCCUCAUGCCAUUCAGCAAGAAUUCCGACAAUGGAUCUAGGAAGAAUUCCAUGGCCGGCAGCAGGGAGGAGAGCCAGGCUCUCUCUGAUCACGUCGACGGCGAGGAUAGAGAAAAGGCCGAAGGCGAGGGCUCUGAUGAGGAAGAGGAAGAAGAGGAGGUCGACGAGUUUGCAGGAGUCCUCGAUGGGCCUCCCACGACCCUCCUCGCCGAGCUGCAGUUACGCAAGUACCACGCCAAGAUGCGCACCCAGAACCCGAACCGUAAUGUUGGGCAGAACGGCAUGCACGCCACCCUUAUCGAGCUCGACGCGGUUGCCGAGACACAGAAGAGGCAUCGUGAGAAGAAGAAGAUUGCGCUUGCCUGGGAAGUCGACGGCGCCAAAGAGGAAGACGGCAGCUCUGACGAAGACGAAGUUCCUCUUGGCGUCUUGUAUGCCGGCAACCCGCAUGUGGCUGAGAAGAACCGACCUAUGGGUUUGAUGGAGCGUCGUGACCUGGAAGAGAACGAGCCUCUCAGCUCCCGUCGUGCGCGUCUCCAUGGCCUAGAACCCCCGAGGACACUGGCGAAGCAGAGAAGCAACUUUACCCUCAACGCUGGGCUGAGUCAGAUGCGUCUCAACCAGAUGCCCUCUGCCGAGCACUUGAGACCCGAGGAGGAGUCAGAGGAUGAAGCCACGGCCGGAGAGACCCUGGGUGAGCGCAUGCGACGCCUUAGGGCCAAGGAUGAAGCCGAACACAACAACCUUCCCAACGCCCGCCCUGUCAGCAGAGCAUUCUCCGCAGAGAUCCUGGCCCAGUUUGGCGAUAAUGAUGAGAAGAAGCCCGGGGAUAAGGGCAAGGAAAAGGAGGCCCAGCCGGAGGAGGGAGAGGAGACGCUUGGCCAGCGGAGGAAGAGACUACAGGCCGAGCGCGAGGCGCGCGAGCAGGAGAUGAUGCUCAGCGGCGGGCCGAUGCCAGCUGAGGCUGAAGCGCCUCCGCUGCGCAAGAAGCACAGUCUGGCCGACGUCCUCAACUCCCACCCGAUUGCCUACAACCCUGCCCUGGACGAGCAGCGCCGCCUCGAGCAGGAGAAGCGCAAGGUUCGGGAUCAAGAGGCCAAGAUGGCUGCGGUCCGCGCCCAGAUGCCGCAGACCCUUACCGGACCAAACACGCAGCGGAGUGGCGGGUACAAGAAUGGCGCUUUCAACGACGCCACCGGAGGUACUGGAGGUACUGGAGGCGCCCCGGGUGCCCGAGGUCUCCUCGCACAGCCUGGGCUGCCGCCUGUGAACGCCGGACUGGGUGUCAACAUGGGACCUGGCGGAUGGAACCGCUCCAGCAUGGCCUUGAGCAAUUACGGAGGGCCUCUCCAGCAGCCUAUGCAGCAGCAGCAGCAGCAGCAGCAGCAGCAGCAGCAGCAGCAUCAAGUAUAUGGAAACCCUGGCAUGGCUCAGAUGAGCCAGCCGAAUCUAGGUGGAUAUGGAGGCUACACUGCCGGCGGCAUGGGGGGCAUGGGCGGUAUGAACAAUAUGGGGGGCAUGAACGGCAUGAACCACCCCUAUGGCGGAGGCAUGGGUGUGCCGAUGCAGAUGCAGCCCAUGGGUAUGCAGCAAGGCAUGGCUCCGAUGCCCAUGCCCAUGCCCAUGCCCAUGCCCAUGCCCAUGCCCAUGCCCAUGCAGCAGAUGCAGAUGCCCAUGCAGCCCGGCCAUAAUGGGCAGAUGCAAUCCAUUGAGCGUUGGCGGCAGAGCGUCAUGUACUAGACAAGGACCGAGUCAAAUCCCAGGCGAGGAAGGGCUAUGCGAUGUUUCUAUCGACACCCACCGACCACUACCUAUACAUUAAUCUCUGGGCGGACACAGUCUGCAGGAGCUGUAUAUAACAUACACACAACCAUGGCAUUGCGAGGGGAGUUGGAUUGAUUUCUUUUGUGUAACAACUUGGGUGGUUUACGAAGCACAGCGCUGCGAAGCACUAGGAUACAACCCUGGGUUUGGGGACAUGGUUUCUCGGUUUACCUAUACAGGUACUAGGGGAUUAUUGCAUUACAUUGAACGUAUAACUAUACAUAUAUACCAAUUCUAAUGAUCACAAUUGUGAAUCUCGUCUAC